GGUAUGUGCUGGCCCGGGACGAAGAGCAGAGGACGCCCGAAGCCCAGCCGGCACAUAUUCUCCCACGUCCAGGCGCUGCAUCCACGGACCCUACUGCUCCUUCUGACGCCGAGCUGCUGGCCGCUGCCAUGGAGGUCGACUCUCCCAGCUCAUCCAGGGACGCCGAUCCCCCCAGGACCCCCGCCCAGCCAUCGUUCUCCGGCGCAGAGCUGCUGCCACGCGCCUGGAGGCUUACGCUGCCGGAAGAGCAGCACGAUUGGGUGGGCCGGGCAUUGUUCAGGAGGACAGCCAGCGGGCGCCCGGCCCAUCUACACGCAGCCACCCGCCACAGCCCACCCCUUCUUCCAGCGCCCCUUCUGCCUGUGGCUGCCCUACAGGAUGUGGGCAUACCACUUCCGCUGCCCUGCCUGUGGGGGCAAGCUCGUGGGCGCUGGGCUGUAUAAGACCGUCCGGAGUGACGGUAGCCACAAGUAUCCUCAAUAG